AACGUCGGCCAAUCGAAAUUGUUCAUCCCUGGAAGAAGACAAGAAAAAAAUAAUAUAUAAUAAUAGAAUAUUCCACCGUGAUAAUAUUGCCAAGCAUUGUUUUCCGCGUCUUCGCUGUCGGUAAUUGGGCAACUGUCAGAACGACCACAAAGCCAGCACUCGAAGGGCCCUGAACAGCAGCAUAAUCGGCAGAAGAUACGAGACAUCAUCGACAGGCCAACUAAACCACAACGACUACCACAUCCACAGCCAAAUCCCAAUCCAAAUCUAAGUCCAAGUCCUAUUUCGAGUGAAAAGACAGCGAAAUGCCACUGUUCGGGAAGUCCCAGAAGUCGCCAGUAGAGCUGGUGAAGUCGCUGAAGGAGGCGAUCAACGCCCUGGAGGCGGGCGACCGCAAGGUGGAGAAGGCGCAGGAAGACGUCAGCAAGAACCUGGUCUCGAUCAAGAACAUGCUUUACGGGAGCAGCGAUGCCGAGCCGCCGGCGGACUACGUGGUGGCCCAGCUGUCCCAGGAGCUGUACAACAGCAACCUGCUGCUGCUGCUCAUCCAGAACCUGCAUCGCAUCGACUUCGAGGGCAAGAAGCAUGUGGCGCUUAUUUUCAAUAAUGUGCUGCGCCGCCAAAUUGGCACCCGUUCGCCCACCGUCGAGUAUAUAUGCACGAAGCCGGAGAUCCUGUUCACCCUGAUGGCCGGUUACGAGGAUGCGCAUCCGGAGAUCGCCCUGAACUCCGGUACCAUGCUAAGGGAGUGCGCCCGGUACGAGGCGCUGGCCAAGAUCAUGCUGCACUCGGAUGAGUUCUUCAAGUUCUUCCGCUACGUGGAGGUUUCCACCUUUGACAUUGCCAGCGAUGCCUUCUCUACGUUCAAGGAGCUGCUCACGCGCCACAAGCUGCUGUGCGCGGAGUUCCUGGACGCCAACUACGACAAGUUCUUCUCGCAGCACUACCAGCGCCUGCUUAACUCGGAGAACUAUGUGACGCGGCGUCAGAGCUUGAAGCUGCUUGGGGAACUGCUGCUGGACCGGCACAACUUCACCGUGAUGACACGCUACAUAUCCGAGCCGGAGAACCUCAAGCUAAUGAUGAACAUGCUCAAGGAGAAGUCGCGCAACAUCCAGUUCGAGGCGUUUCACGUCUUCAAGGUUUUCGUGGCAAAUCCCAACAAACCGAAGCCCAUUCUGGACAUCCUGCUGCGCAACCAGACAAAGCUGGUCGACUUUCUGACCAACUUCCACACGGAUCGCUCCGAGGACGAGCAGUUCAACGAUGAGAAGGCCUAUCUGAUCAAGCAGAUAAAGGAGCUGAAGCCGCUGCCCGAGGCUUAGUUGGACCUCCACCUCGGCUCCAACUUCAGCUCCAACUCCAGCUCCAGCGUCCCGGGGGCAAAAGGACCGUAGCCAGAAGCCAGAAGCGAUCGAUACGGAAGCAGAGAGAGCGAUGGUGGGUUAGCAGGAUGUGAACAUGUUUUGUGUGUGGGUUAAAGCAAAUAUAUAUUAUAUACUAUAUUUUGUGACGAUGAUGACUACACUUGUGAGUAACUAAACAAUAAUUUAGACAACAACAACAACACUGAUGAUAAUGAUAAAUAACGAUAAAGCGAAUUAGAAAACAAAAAAAAGUAAAAGUACGAGUAAAUAGCGUAACGCCGAAAAACAAAACAGUACCGAGACUUUCGAAUUUAACAUAGCCACAUCUAGACAUUCUGGCCCUAGAUCAGAUCCUAUAUCUUGCUACACAGAUAUGAUUUACCAUCCGUCGAUCCUCCGCUAAUCCCCCUUCUACCCACACCCAUUUUCGAUAUCCAUUUAACUAGUUGUUGUAUUUGAAAUUUGAUCGUUUUUGAAACGAGAUGUCCCUUCACCGCCUUGACCUGCCACGUCCCUUUUGCGACCCCAAAAACGUAAGAUUCACAAUGAGUUUUGACUUAAAAAUGUAAUUCCACGCAAAAUUCAUGAAAAAACGAAAACUAAAUACUGCAUAAAACUAAUAAUAAUUCAUAGUGAUAAUUGUCUGUGCAUCCUUCGGCAUGGACUCUACUAUAUAUAUACUGAUAUAUAUAUAUAUAUAGAAAGAGCAAGAGAGAGAGAGAAAGCAUUCAACACACACACACACACUACACACAUGCAUACGUACAUAGUUAAAAGGGAAGUAAAACAAACAAGAAACAACAACAUUGCAAGCAACAUAAUAACUAUACGAUUAUUAUAAUUUAUAUUAUUCCCAAAUUAAAGAUAACAGCCAAACUAAA